AUGAGUCAGCGAUCCAUGAUGAUGAACUACAACCUCCCCAACACUAACCAACAGUUCUUGGGAACGAAUCUUGGUGAGGAAAGUGCUCAGGGAAUGGCUGUUGGACCAAAUUAUGCUAACCGUACUAUGCUUUCAAUGGCAAGCAAUACACAAACAAACAACAGCAAUCAUCAAGCUCGUUUCCAACAAGCAGCUUGUACUCGUGUUCCCUGCCAGGCUCGUGGCAUGUCUACUGAUCACAAUGCUCUGACCUCAUAUUUGGAGAUCCCCACGGAUGCAGUUCAUGGCUUGCAUCUCCUAUGUUCUCACCCCACUUGCCGUACCGCGGGUGUUAAAUUUCGCUACUGCUACUAUUGCAAGAAACCUGUCACCAAGCAAAAUUUUCGUUCUCGUCACCUUCACGCUGAUCUAGCUGAAAACGAAAAGAAAAAUACAAGUGCACCUCUACCGAUCAUACCGCUGCUACCCGCAAGUACCGGUGGCCCUGUGUGCCUCCCAGCCUCCACCACCUCGGCUCCACCAUCACCACCGACCGCUCAGCAACAAACUAAGGCAACUCUGUUUGGCAACUCUGAGUCGACCAUCUCACCGAGGUCGAAUCUGCAAUCUUUGAUUGACGCCGCCAACGCAAAUAAAAAAAGGCCAAGAGAAGAACCACUGUCAAACACCCAGCAGCGCCAGUGGGCCAAUCUGCUUACUGAAAGACCUUCCAACAUGAUGCUGACUCCGGGAUGGCUUUCCAAGGUCAUUUCCACCAGUGCUCCCAAUAAUCCUCGUGCUCCCGGCCCAUUCCCUCGUGCUACACCAAGUCCACUCGACCAGGAGUCCAGGUGGAACCAGCUCCUCUUGGAACGUCCCGAUGGAAGCGAAGAUGGUGAAAAAGUCAACACCUGGCUAGUUCAAGUGCUCGAAGUGAGUGCGCCAACCCACUGGAAGUCUCCAGCGUCUUUGGACUCGUAUGAGGGCCUCAAGCAGCGAUUGAACUCUCCUUCCAGCCUGUCAGGGGGGAACCUACAGCAACCAUACUUGACAAGUGAUGACAUGGAACCAAACAUGGAACCAUUCUCCAAGAAGAAAAAGAUGUAA